AUGAUUUCGCUGGCUGGCCAGUCGCUCCCUCGCAUCGUCAAGGCCCGCGCACCGGCCCUCCACCGCGCCGCGACCGUCCAGGCGUCGAACCUCCUCGUCGCGGCCCAACCCUCGUCGCCUCGCGCCAACCCGGUCGCACGCGCAGGGCCGCCGCCAUUCGCGACGGCUGCGACGCUUCUCGAGCCCUCUUGGCUUCGCGCCGCCGCCAACCUUCGUCAGGCGAGCGCCCAGGGCCGCAUCACCCUCUAA